AUGCCACACACUUCUCGCAAGAAGCGGCCCACCGUGUCGGUGCAGAAGCGCCUCCAAGUCACCGAUGACGACGGCUGGACGCAUGUCACCUCUGGAAGCAACGUGCGGCGCGUAAUGCGGACCAGCCGUGUGCGGGGCAGUAUGCCGACCACCGCGGCGACAAUCACCUCCACGACUGGAGACUUCUCCGUGGGGGACAAUGCAGAACCGGUCUUCGGGCCGGCUGAGGCGCCGAGUCGCUUGACGCUAGAGGAGCUCCAGGCCCAAUACCACGGGCACCGAGAGCGAUGGGAGAGCUCCAAGACAUGGGCGCGGCUGCAGGUACAGCUGGACGAGCGAGCCCAGGAGCGCGGCGGCGUCCGAGUCGAGGAAGAGAAGGGGAGUAGUACAGUGCGCGGACCGGUCGACGCAGUGGUGUGCAUUGGACUCGGCAGCCCGAGCGGGUUCCUGCGAGAUGGCUGGGUCGAUCGCCGGAGUGUGUCGAUGUAUCAGCUCGCAGCGCUGGAGAGCAUAAAGAACCAAUUAAUGAAAACCCACACCGCCAUCCCAUUCUCCUUCCCGAUCUACGCCCAAGACCCCGUCUUCAACGCCCUCGACACCGAACUCCUCACCUCACUCGGCAUUACAGUCAUCGCGCACCCUGCCGCCUUCGACCUAAUCACGCCCAACACACUCCUCUUCUGCCCCGGCGCAGAGCGCAAGCAUCUCGAGCAGCUCCUCUCCUCAGACCCGUGCAUGGUCUUCGGCGGGCCACUGGAGAACGCCGAGGAGGCGGCGGCGAUCCAGGCAUACGCACGACGGGCAGAAUCCCGCGCCCUGGUACCGUUCGAGGCGCAGGAGCAUGCGUUCUGGGAGACGAGGCUUUAUUACCGGGCCGGCGUUGAAGAGGACGAGAAGCGGGGAUGA